GUAGGUGGGUCCUGGAACCGAGCGGAGGCUCUCUGGGGAGUCUCAAAGUUUGUGUCUGCAGCAGUAGUGGAAAGUGGACUUAACAACAAGGCGUUUUCUUGGGAUGAGAGCUGUUCUCUUAUCUUCUUUUUGGAUACACACUCUGCUUUAACCCUUUCAGCCUCAGCCCGAUUCCUCGACAGCCUGUCUCCUGGGGAUUUUCAGAUCUCCGAGGAUACCGGACGGGGAGCCCUUGGCAGUUCUCUCUCGGGCAGGGGAGCGAACUUUUUCCUUCCUGAGUGCAUAAAGCUACACGCACACACGCGCGCACACACGCGCGUUGCCGGAUCUCGCCCUCCGAGGCGGUUCUGCACGCUCCCCUCCUGAGCUCAGCAUCCUCGGCCCAUCGCGCCUCGGACCACUAUGGAGGUGCCCGAGAGCGGGGAGCAGAGCGUCCUGCAGUGGGACCGCAAGCUGAGCGAGCUGUCAGAGCCCGGGGACACCGAGGCUCUCAUGUAUCACACGCACUUCUCAGAACUUCUGGACGAGUUUUCCCAGAACGUCUUGGGCCAGCUCCUGAACGACCCUUUCCUCUCGGAGAAGAGUGUGGCCAUGGAGGUGGAGCCGUCCCCCACGUCCCCCGCACCUCUCAUCCAGGCCGAGCACAGCUACUCCCUGUGUGAGGAGCCUCGGGCACAGUCACCACCGUACACCCACGUGGCCAGCAGCGACAGCUUCAAUGACGACGAAUCGGAGGGCGAGAAAUGGUACCUGUCUGCAGACUUCCCUUCAGCUACCAUCAAGACGGAGCCGCUCACGGAGGAGUCGGCCCCGGGACUGGUCCCCUCUGUCACUCUGACCAUCACAGCCAUCUCCACCCCUUUCGAAAAGGAGGAACCUCCUCUGGAAAUGAACGCUGGGGUUGACUCCUCGUGCCAGACAAUCAUCCCUAAGAUUAAGCUGGAGCCUCAUGAAGUGGAUCAGUUCCUCAACUUCUCUCCUAAAGAAGCCUCCGUGGACCACCUGCACCUGCCGCCCACCCCGCCCAGCAGCCACAGCAGUGACUCGGAGGGCAGCCUGAGCCCCAGCCCGCGCCUGCACCCCUUCGGCCUGCCGCAGACCCACGGCCCCGCCAGGGCCGUGCCUCGGGCCCCCUCCACCCUCUCCAGCUCCCCGCUGCUCACGGCGCCUCAUAAACUGCAGGGCUCAGGUCCACUGGUGCUGACGGAGGAGGAGAAGAGGACCCUGAUCGCUGAGGGCUACCCCAUCCCCACCAAACUGCCCCUGACAAAGUCAGAGGAGAAGGCGCUGAAGAAAAUCCGGAGGAAAAUCAAGAAUAAGAUCUCCGCCCAGGAAAGCAGGAGAAAGAAGAAAGAGUACAUGGACAGCUUGGAGAAAAAGGUGGAGUCCUGUUCCACGGAGAACCUGGAGCUUCGGAAGAAGGUGGAGGUGCUGGAGAACACCAACAGGACUCUCCUUCAGCAGCUCCAGAAGCUCCAGACUUUGGUGAUGGGCAAGGUUUCUCGCACCUGCAAGUUGGCCGGCACGCAGACUGGCACCUGCCUCAUGGUCGUGGUGUUGUGCUUUGCCGUGGCAUUCGGCAGCUUCUUUCAGGGCUACGGGCCCUAUCCUUCCGCCACCAAGAUGGCUCUGCCCAGCCAGCAUUCCAUGCCGGAGCCGUACACCGCCUCCGUGGUGAAAUCCAGGAACCUGCUGAUCUACGAGGAGCAUUCUCCGCUGGAGGAGCCGUCCGGCCCGGCCUCGGCCGGGGAGCUCGGGCGCUGGGACAGAAGCCCCUCCCUGCUCAGGGCGUCGGCGCUGGAGCCCAGGCCAGACGUGGACCUUCCCCACUUCAUCAUCUCCAACGAGACCAGUCUGGAGAAGUCGGUGCUGUUGGAGCUGCAGCAGCACCUGGUCAGCGCCAACCUGGAGGGGAACGAAACACUCAAAGUUGUAGAACUCGACAGAAGAGUGAACGCCACCUUCUGAGCGGUGGCCCGCACCGCAGUCUUACCCUCCACUCUGCUUCUGUGUCCCCAAACCACCUUCAACGUAAGCGUUCCCUCUUCCCCGCCCGACGUGGAUGAAGAUAAGGGUGAGCCGCCGUGCCUUCGGAUGGGAGGACGGCCUGGGAUUCCCGCCUGCGGUGAGAGUGCCUCCUCCUCCAGCCCCGGGUCCCCUUCUGCAGACGGAGCCGGCAUCUCUCCUCCCGUUCCGCUCGUCGCCAUAGGAAAUUACUGUAGGGCCCGGGUGGGACGGGCGGGCUUGUGUCUACCGACAGUGCCGAAGAGAUGCUGCCCGAUUCUCACCUGCGGGUGUGACCCCCUCUCUGAAGAAGAGAUGACUCACCCAUUGGAGACCCCAGACUCGAUCCGUAAAGACACCAGGAUGCCUGCUGGGAUGUGGCAAAGCACUGACUGAUGUCCCACCUCCCUCAGCCCGGGUCUCCGGCGUGUCCGCUGCCACCCAUGUCCCCAUCAGUCCUGGAAGCACCAGGCUGGCCGGUGUCUGCCCCCCGCCGCCACUCUGCUCUGUCCGAGCCCUCACGCCCUUGCCUGCUCCUCCAGCUCUGGGGCGAGGGCGCCCCCUUCCCCUUCUCAGGCCGCAAGUGCAAUGCCUGACGGAAUCAGGCUCUUCUACCCCAGGCAAACCUGCCCCGUCUGUUGCUUGUAGGACUUCUCCGUCACCUGUGUUCCCACACGCCCAUAGAUCCGCCCCCCUGGCUUCUCCUCCCCACGUGUAAAUAGUAUUUAUUAGCUUGCCGAGGCUCCCGCCAGCAGCCACGCUCAAGAGACCGGACGCCUCCCUCCAAGCAAGCCAAGUCUCCUGUUGGACCUUGGCGCUGGGAGGGCCGUCCAGGCCCUGGGACCCCCAGUCCUCCAGGACGUGCCUCGUUUCCUUUUCUUCUUCUUUCUACUUGGAGGCCUCCCGUUGUAGGUGGAGAACCCCUGUGAGCAGCUGGCCUCCUGUAGAAUGAGUUCAGAGGGAAAGAUGGCUUAGGCCUGUGACUCUGUGGCCAGGCGCUCUGUCCUGCACCCGCCGCAGAGGAGGGAAGCCCUGUCCCCGACAACAGGCGUCCCGGACCACCUCGCUAGCGUGUCUCUCCACACCUGCUCCUGGCCCCGCCUCCCCACCACCCCCCACACCCCCUGUACCCUCCUCUUCUGCCUCAGCAGGAGCUGGACCUGAGGUCCGUUCCUGGGGUUGGAGUAGGUGAUGUUUGUGCAUCCACAGCCUGACCUUUCCCAGUCAGGUUUGGCUACUUUGCAGCUCACCCAAAGAGAUAUAACCUAACCCCCUUCCCUACUUUUAUUAUUAUUUUUUAAUGAUUAAAGUCACUUUUGUAGUUAAAAAAAAACCUUUCCUUUCAUACAGAUAAGCAAUGGAAAUUGCCUUUGUAUUGUACAAUGUAGAAAGUUUCGCUUAAGUGUUUUCCCAGCUUGUAAAAGAUUUUGUGUAGGACCAUUUUGUAUUUUAUUUUUAGUAGAAGAAAAAAGGGCCUUUAGCUUUAACUCUUCUCUCUCUCUCUCUCAAUCUCUCAAUCUCCCCCCCCCCCCCCCCACAUUGUUAUUGGAACCUGUACUUAAGGGGGAUUAAGCCCGUAGCUGAGCCGUCCAUCCUCUCUCAGAUACGGGAUUUGGGGUCAUUAACAUUUGCCAUCAUAGCUCCUACGCAGGUCUGUUUGUCUGCCAGCACAGGCACAUCUGGGGCUCCCUGCCGGUGAUUCCCAUGUCUCCCCACUGCAGCGGAGGGUGUUACAGACGGGGAGCAGGCCAAGGGCAUCUGCUCAGCAGGGUGUGGGAGCAGAGUCGGGGCUGCAGCGGUCCUGGCAUCCCCAUGGGUCGUGGGUCGUCUGCACGGCUCUCGCUGUCCCUGACGUUGGCCCUGACAUGGGCGGGGGCGGGCCGAGACCAUCUGGGCUGUGUGGGGACAGGCGUCGCUAGCCUGCCUCCUGCUCUGGCUUCUCUUCACUCCCUUCUCUCCACCUUGUCUGCUCUGGAUCCUCCCGGGCCUGGCUGGUGUCUGGGAACCACGUGCCACUGCCGACCCAUCGCUCUCUGUAAAAUGUCACGUAAUUAUCAGGCGUGGGCAGCCUGCGGGGGCCCAAGAAGGACACGAGAGAGAAUUAACUCCUGUAGUAUUUGGGUGAUGCGAAAGGAGAGGUUUCCCAGUGAUGGGCAGACGUGGGAGACUGGGUUGGCCUCCCCGCCUGCAGCACCAGGACCAGGCCAGGGCUUUAAGGCUGGUGAAGUGGCCGGAGCGGAAAACCCGCUCUUCGGAAUGAGGGGGCCAGGGGGAGGGGCAGCUCACAGACAGACAGGCCCUGUCCGUAGCCCCGUGGGGACUGCAUUUCUCUCCCACCUUCCCGUUUUUGAUGCCACUUUCUCCGUGCAUAGCUCAUGUGUUGUAAAGGUGUACACUUAAAACCUAUAUGAUCCUGCUAACCAAUGCCACCCCCAUAAAUUCAAUAACAAAUAAGUAAAUGGCUACACACUCUCUCCAGACCGCCCUGCAGCUGGGCCUGCCCCCUGGGAACCUGUUUUUCUGAACUGACUCUGCAUCUACAGACGUGAGGCUUUGACUGAGAGCUCACAUGGCCAGUUCCAGGGGGUUCCAAGAGCCCGAGUUGCCGCCACGUAGAGGGAAACCUGUGCCCUCCCCUCCCCGCUUGGGAGAGGAGAGGAGACUGAAGAGUUACUCCUUCGGGACUGUGCCAGGGGGUCAAGAGUCGCAGGAGAGUUGGAGGACAGUAGGUGGGUCCCAAGGAAGUCACGCAUGUGUGCGUGUUUGCUGUCCCAGGGUUAAGCCCAGAAUAUAUCAGAGGAAUGGAUUCCCCCGCAGAGGGGUCCCACAGACUAGUCAGCGACCCCCGGGGAGCCCUGACCAUUUCAAACAGCGGCCGUCCUCGGCUUCCGCACUUCAGUUCUGGAAAACACGAGACCGUCAGUGCAACCGUAAACCAUAGAAAGUACAUAUGUUGACUAUACAGAUGCUAAUUAUAUAGGACACCAUGCAAACAGGUUUUCCUCUUCCCUGUCUUUGAUUAGCUCCUUGGAAGGAGACUCUUACAGAAAUCCAGAAACAAGUACUUUUUCACCGGAUGAGACCUGAGUAACCCGGGGCCCCCAGCGUGGUUCUUUUCACAGCUCUCGACUUUGCACUUGGAAAUGGACACUGAAAAUCAAAGGCCUCGGUGCCCGUUCCUGUGAAGUGUUAAGACUCUGGAGCCCAGCUCACAUAAAGCGAGUGUUACAUAAAAAUCCAACAGCUGAGCUGGGUUGCCCUUUGGGGCGGGGGGGGGGGUGUGUGACACCACCGUAGGCAACAUGAGAUGACCUUUUUGUUUAUAUCAACGAUUUCGAUUUGUGGAUUCGAGACCUAAUUUGUGGAUUGCGAAAGCAGCUUUUCGCUCAACUUAUUUACAAGCCAAGUAUAAAUACCAUGGUUUUUAAUUCCUAAACCUCUUGGUUUAGCCUGAAUGCCAAAAGGGGGCUGUGAAUCUCAUGCGCCCGUAGAACAGCCGUGUCGGACUGAUUUGUUUUUAUUCAGGCAGUGAGUCAGUGUCCAGAGUUGGUGUCACCAGUGUUUUAUUUAAAAUUUUCAGAACUGCAUGGCUCCUUCCUCCCACGUCCCCAGACCGAGCAAAACCACAGAAACAGGAUCCGAGGCCUCUCGGGCCGGCUCCUCUGAACACACCUGUCCCAGGAGAGGCGGAGUUCAGCUCGUGCGCAGGUGGAGACGUCCCGCAGAGGAGCCGGACCGGCCGUGCUGGCCUCGCUCACGUGGGAGGCUGGACAGGGAGGAGGAGGCGGCUUCCAGCCUCCCCGUGUCUGCUGUGGGGCGCUCGCAUGGUUCUUUAGAGUCCUGUCUUUGAGAACCUUUAUUAAAGACGCCAGCACGCCCACCCGCAGGGCUGACCUGGGAAACGCUUAGCAGGUAGUGGUGCAGGGAGAGUCGUUUUAUUGGAGUGCUUUUCAGUUGAGACAAUUAGGAAAAAUGUGGCAGGGCCGUUAGAGGAGAGAGCAAGGGCUGUGAAGGAGCCAGAGGAAGACUUCAGGCCAUUCAUUCAUUCAUUCAUUCAUUCCCUUCCUCCUGAGGAGCAGUGCUUCAUGAGGCCCCGGGGACGAGAAGCGUAAGGAAACAUUAGUCAAUAGCUACUCAAACACACAAGUGCUAGGAUUCUCUCUCUCCCCCCUCUCUCUCCCUCUCUCUCUCUCUCUGUGUCUUAGACACUCAUUUGUGCCUUACAGGUGCCUUACGUGUGAGUCCAGGAUGACUGAGGACUACCGUUCUUGGGAGAUUUUAUAUGUAGCCUUGUAGUAUUAGACUGAAAUGGCUGUGGGCGAAAUGGUUUUCUCUAAAGGCUCAAAAAGGCCCUAAGAGUGAGCAAUGACCAGAUGUGUACACCAGGAGAAAAGAAUCAGGGUUUUGUCCAUUAGGAAAAUCCCAUUUUGGAGAGGUGUAAUCACAGCAAGAAAUGGCCCGCCAGGAUUAAGGGUAUUACAACUCCAUAUAGCGGGGCAUUUUCUCGGUGCAGAGCAACUGGGCCCAUUUGGGGAUUAACGUCCCAUACCCCCGUGGCCAAAGGGUCGGCACUCAGCACAGGAAAAAAAAAAUGCAUCCGCGUGUUGCUUCUUUCGGUCAUUUGGGGCGACCUAAAUUUCAGGAAUGGUUUCUUUUCUCUUGGUUUUGAGAAGGAAGGAGAAAAAAACAUUUCACGAGCACUAAUUGAGUGCUGGGUGCUCUGCUAAAUAAAUUCUGAGUCUUUUCAUCUUGUAGGCAGAGUAAACAAAGGCAAGUAGUUACUCUGAGCUGGACAAACAGCUAAGUUUGGUGUUGGAAGGUCCACAGUCUGUGGAUGGGGUUGAGCGAAUCGGAUUCCUCGGUUUACUCGCACUGUAAACCUGUAGGUUCCGAGGGCAGCAAAUGCAGUGUAUGCUCCCUGCACUGGCCCUGCCGUGCAAAGGCCGUGCUUUGCCUCACACUGGCCUGGCAAUGUCCUCCAGAUACAAUGCUCUUCUCUUGUCUUUCUCAUCCAAUCCUCUGAGAGUUCCGGCUCGCGGGCUUUGCAUCCUGGAAAGGGAAACCAGCGGGGGCCUUAGCUGUGUUUCUCUGCCCUUAUCCUCUGCUCACCAGCUGGGUGAGACCAUGAGCUCUUGGCACCGUGGACCCGAGGCCCAUGCCGCUUAGAGAAUGUCUCUUUCGGGUCAGAUGCUUUAUGAGUCUAUGGAAACACCAGCACUCUUUGGACACACUGUGAACGGCCCUUUUUAAACAAUGCUGAGCGGACCCUGAACUAGAAUCCACCGUGAGCGUUAAUGUUUAUGCUGACAGCUGGCCGUUCCUCUGCUCUGUAACGUCGUACAGACCAGCCGUGUGUACGUCCAAGACGUCGUGAGUCUCUUAUAUGUUGUAUCCCGCUGUUUAUUUUAAUGACUUUUUACUCUUUAUCUUAGCUUAGUAAAUACCAAAAAAUAAAAUAAAAUACAUGCUUUGUAACUUGUACUUAGUCUGGGAAAAA